GCGCCGGAACACGUAUCAUAUUGUAGAGGAGGCGUUGCCCUCCAGAACUCCAGCAGCAGAUUUAUUUCUUUCAGAAACACGGAGCCGCUGUUACAGCUUCAAGAGCCACAAAUCUCUGGAAAGACGCUCCGUAGAGCCGCUGAAGAGCCGGUACGGGAGGAGGCUGACAAACGGUGACGUAACAGCGAUGGAGGCGGAUGGAGAGCAGAGCCAGCAGGGGGCAUCGACCAAUGGGAGCACUGCCUCGGGAACGAGCUCCCGCCCUUCUCCGAUGAAUUCCAUGUCUCUGUAUGAGCGACAGGCAGUGCAGGCGCUGCAAGCGCUGCAGAGGCAGCCUAAUGCAGCUCAGUACUUUCAGCAACUGAUGCUGCAGCAGCAGAUCAACAAUGCUCAGCUGCAGAACCUGGCCGCUGUGCAGCAGGCUACUUUGGCAGCCACUCGUCAGUCGAGUCCCUCCAGCAGCAGCUCUCAGACCACCAGCACCACAGCUGGCAGCGUGACCUCUGGAGCAGCGUCCACCACCAGCAGCCGACCGAUCGGUGCCUCGGCCACGUCAACCAUCAGCCAGUCAGUGCUGCUGAGCGGUACAACAGGAGGACAGGGGCAGAUGUAUCUGAGGGUGAAUCGUUCUCUGAGGGCCCCCAUCUCCUCACAGCUCAUCUUUAUGCCUGGCAGCACGGCCGCCGCCGCCGUGGCAACAGUCACCCAGCAGCCUCAGCAACAACCAGAAGUGACACCAACUUCCUCCAGCAGCCAAACUGAGAGUGAGCAGGUGCAGAAUCUGGCUCUGCGGGGUGUUUCCAGUCCUAAAAGUGUGAAGACUGAAGCCCCUGAAAGGACCGACUCAGGUCCUUAUUCGAUGGUUCAAACAUCCCACCAGUCUAACUCCCAGUCCCCCACUAAGCCAAGUGGGCCCCAGCCAGCCCACAUCAAAAUCCCCACUUACCCUCAACCCACCAAUCUUAAAUCCCACCCUUCAUCCUCUGCAGCCUCCUCUUCUUCCAUACCUCUCUCCCAGCUCCUUCUUCACGGCCCCCGUGCCCUCACCACGGUAACCAGUGCUGCCACAGCAACACACAUCCUGGUCCCAACGUCCAAUGCGGCAUCACAGACCCGCGGGUACUCUGUUGGCACGGCUACCAUCAAACCGGCAGUAAACACCCAGACGCUGGUGGUGCAGCCAUUGCAGAAGUCCUCAAUGAGUGCAGAGAAACCAAACCACGGAAACGGACCCAUUCCCAUCCAACCCAAAACUUUGCAGGGGAUCCGCCUGCCCCUCCAACUCACUUCCAGGAAUCCUCCUCCCAUCCUGCCUGCACCGCCGCCUGCAAGCAGCGCCGGCCAGCCUCCCCAGCCUCCUCACAUCCCAGUCCAGAUUGUGGGGGCCAGGCAGAGCACACUGGGCAGCACCCAGGCUGUGGCAUUAGCACGGGGCACCUGUAACCAGGACUGUGCUGCUGUCCUCAGCAGCUCGUCCAGCCUGCUCACCAUGGUGGCAUCCAUAGCUUCCAAAGACAGUGGGGUCAUGGCCCGAGGGGCGGGCCUAAAGACUCUUCAGUCACCCCAGGAGGCUCCCCCUUUGGCCCAAGUCUCUAAAGUUCAUCCACAGACGAAUCAAAGCUCUAGUCAGAGUCAGAAUGGACCCCUAGCAUCAAGCCCCGUCUCCUCACAAUCCGCUACUAUUUCUUCUUCUCCUGGUUCUUCGCUGUCUCGCUCUUCUGUCCCACUGUCUGUGGAUGAGCAGAGAGAAACACCAGCUGUGGUAACCACCAAUGGUGAAUCGGUGGGAAGUCACACAUCACAGGGAAAGCAAAUACCAGGCUCACUAAAACGUAAAUCUGACCACGGGCCAGCCAAUGAUGAUGAUGGCCCCUCCCCCCCACGGUUGCAGCCUGUCAGAGAUUCUGCUUCAACAUUACCAACCAAUCAAGUAAAAGCAGGAUGUGGCGCUCCUCCUCCUCCCUCCUCCACUUCUCCCUCACCUGUCUUGCCAGUGUCCCGUGGGGGGUGUGGUAAAGCUGAGCGACCUUCUCCCCCACAAGCUGUGGUAAAACCUCACGUCCUCACACACCUUAUAGAGGGCUUCGUCAUCCAGGAAGGGGCGGAGCCUUUCCCUGUGUGUGGACCAGUGAAGGAGCCGGAUGGCGAUGAUUUAACGAAUGACAGCCCAGACACAAACCAGUCGGAGACUGUUACCACGGCAACAGUGCUGAAGUGUGAGUACUGUAAAAACUUUGCUCCUGCCAGCCAGUUCAGAGGCACCAAAAGGUUCUGCUCCAUGACGUGUGCAAAGAGUAUGUAUUGGUUCCCCAGGUACAACGUCAGCUUCAGGCAGAACUUCUGCGUGCGUCAGGGUCAGGUUCAAGUUCGAGAUCACGCUCCAGGUCAGGAUCAGGGCCACCUGUCCAACUCUGAGGAGGAGGGCGUGGUUACCAGGCGACGCGUUCCCCGCAGGAUGAGCUCAGAAAUAGCCAGUGCCAAGAUCGCAGGGCGGUCCCUGUCUGCCAAGUGCCGUUCGGAGUCCAGCCAUUCUGAUGAGGAGUCCAGCGCUGAAGAGGACGAAGACGACCCCAUGUCUCUGUCGCCCACUUCCUCUGUUUCCUGUCACCAGCCACCACCGCCACCUCCUCAACUCCCAUUGGACCCCUCAGCACCCAGCUGCCUGCUUGCUAGCCCCUCUCAGUGGAGCGUGGAGGAAGUGUCACAGUUUAUUUCCUCACUACAAGGGUGUGAGGAGCUCGCCCCCCAGUUCCAGUCACAGGAGAUUGAUGGACAGGCCCUGCUUUUGCUGAAGGAGGAGCAUCUCAUGACCACCAUGAACAUCAAACUCGGCCCCGCCCUCAAAAUCUGUGCCCACAUCAACAACUUGAGAGACUGACGGUGGCGGCAGCCAAAACCCCCCAAGUCCACUGUCUUAAGAAUCUUUACCCCGCGCACUUAAAACAAACUCCUGGUCUGGGACCAGGGUUCGAACCAGUUCCAGAGGGUCCUGCAGGAUGCACGAGGUACACGGUGGGACUUUUAGCUUUAGUUGCUGCAGCCUCACUUCAGAACAAACCUUGUUUUAGUUUUUUCUGUUCACGCCUCACCACCUUUUCAAAAGUCGGCUUCGGACAGGACCGUUAUCACCUGUGGCCAGUUUCAAGUUUGUAGUUUGAA